AUGCCAAUCCAGGCCCGAAGAGCCUCUUUCGAGCGCCAUAACAUCUACCAGGAUGUCCAAGCUGAUGCAAACAAAUCAGGCGUCGCUGUCGAAGAAAUUGUCACAGCGCGAAUCACAGAAGACCAUCUGAUCACAAAGUCUCGAAAAGCUCUGUCUCUCAAGUCCAGAGCUGGCUUUCGCAUAUUUCUCAUCAUGGUUACUAUGGGAUUUAAUCAAGCUGCAUAUGGUAUCGACUGGGGUGUCAUUAGUAGUAUCAACUCCAACACCUAUUGGCAUGACUACUUCGGCUUCGCAAACAGCGGCUCAACCCUCGGUGUCAUCAAUGCGCUCAUGACCAUCGGCAACUUUUGCGGCGCUCCAUUCCUCAGUCUUGCGGAUAAGAUUGGUCGUCGCAGCGUCAACUUUCUCGGUUGUUUUCUCACUAUUGUGGCUUCUCUCAUUCAGUGCUUUGCCCCGAAUGUCAAGGUGUUUAUGUUUGGUCGCUUUGUCCUUGGAUUUGGUACUGCUCUUUGCACGAGCUCACAGUAUAUUGCAGAGGUUGCUCCCCCUCACAUCCGUGGACAUAUUGUUGGAAUCUUUGGUGCCUUCUUCCAGGUUGGCUCUCUUUCUAUCGUCGGUAUCAUGAUGGGGUUUACUCACUGGGAAAGUAACUGGAGCUGGAGAGUGGCAUUUCUUAUCCAGGCCAUCUUCCCAUUCUUCGUGUGCGUCACUAUCUACUGGUUCUGCCCCGAAUCACCACGAUACAUGAUUAUGAAAGGCCAAAGAGAAAAGGCUCGCACCAUGAUCUCCAAGUACUUUACUUCUUCGGAAGACCCUAACCACCCAUUUGUUGAAAUCAUGAUUGCUCAGAUUGAUGAGUCCAUCGAGACUUCGGCGGUUGGAUUUCGUGCUGUAUGGGACUUCCGGGUCUUCUUCACCAAGGCUGUCGGCUUUCGAACCUUUGUCCUUCUCCUCUACUCGAUCUUCCAGCAGUGGAAUGGUGGCGGCAUCAUUGGUCUCUACAUGGACCCAGCGCUCCAAACAAUCGGAAUCACCAAGAAGCUCGACGUCUUGGGCAUCACACUAGGUCUGACUGCUACUUACUUUGUCUUCACUCUUUUCGGUGCCUACAUCAUCGAGUACUUUCGCAGACGAACUCUCAUUUUUACGGGGUUGAUAUGCAUCAUCAUUGCGCAAACCGCUGUCACAAUUACAAGUUGGCGAGUCAAUGUGCAAGGGGACAGAUACCUAUCUUAUCUCACUGUUGUCUGGAUUUAUUGUUUCCAAGGCGCUGCUGGCGUUGUCCACAAUUACGGCAUUUCAGUUGGGAUCCAGAAAGUUGGAUAUAAGAUUUGGGCGGUGUACAUUGCGUACAACCUCAUCCAAUUUGUCGUGGCUUACUUCAUCUUCCCAGAGACUGGAAAGCUCAAUCUGGAGGAGAUUGACCACAUUUUUGAGACCAAGAACACUAACCCCACCAAGCUGAGUGUCAAGAUCGCAGAUGCCAAAUGGGCCUCGAUCAAGGAGGAAAAGAGGCAGGCUCGCAACAAUCCCAUGGUAGCUUAG